AUGUCAAGAGCAUUCUGGAGACUGUGUGAACUCCUGGCCCACCAGGGCCAGCAGGAGCUGCCUACUACUUUCCCGCCAGAGACAGAAGAAGAGCUUCAGCGACUAUAUGACCAAGUGAGCGGCCGCCAGAGAAGCAGAAGUACCGGAGGCGGGGAAAACGAAGUAGGAGCUACGGCAGAAAUGGGCAGCAAUAGCGGAUCCGGCCUUGCUGAUGGCAAUGCGAACGACGCCUUUGACACUCAAACUCUCAAAUCCUCAAUAUCUAACCUAUCCCAAGAUAACUCACCCAUGUUUUUCGACGACAACUCGGCAUCUAUUAUCAACUUCAAACCAACAGAACCGCUGCGAAUAACCUGCCUCACCAUAGGCUCUCGCGGUGAUGUUCAGCCUUACAUCUCGCUCUGCAAGGGCUUGCUAGAAGAAGGGCAUAAACCCCGGAUAGCAACCCACAAGGAGUUCGAAGGCUGGAUAAGAGAGCACGGUAUCGACUUUGCACCGAUCGAUGGCGAUCCCGCCGAACUCAUGCGAAUAUGCGUUGACAACGGCAUGUUUACAUAUGCUUUCUUAAAAGAAGCAUCUGAAAAUUUCCGCGGAUGGAUAGACGACCUCCUUGCCUCGUCCUGGAAGGGUUGUCAAGACUCUGAUGUCCUGAUAGAAUCACCCAGCGCCAUGGCUGGAAUUCACGUUGCCGAAGCUUUGGGGAUACCAUACUUCCGUGCCUUCACUAUGCCCUGGACAAAAACAACAGCUUAUCCUCAUGCCUUUGCUGUCCCAGACCGCAAUCUAGGAGGUACUUACAAUAAACUAACAUACGUCGUUUUUGAUACCGUAUUUUGGAAGGCUAUAUCUGGACAAAUCAACCGAUGGAGAAAGAACCAACUUAAUCUCAAACCUACCAGUCUUGACAAGAUGCAGCCGGAUAAAGUGCCUUUCCUAUACAACUUCUCUCCUUCGGUCGUACCUCCUCCCAACGACUAUUUAGAAUGGGUACGGGUGACUGGCUACUGGUUUUUGGAUGCAAAACCUGACUGGACACCACCAGAAGACCUUGUUGCCUUUAUUAGCAAGGCAAGAGCCGACAAGAAGAAACUGGUCUACAUUGGAUUCGGCUCCAUCGUCGUCUCUGACCCUGCUGCCAUGACAAGAACCGUCAUUGAUUCUGUCCUGAAGACCGGUGUGCGAUGUAUUCUGUCCAAAGGCUGGUCCGAUAGGCACGGCGAUCCACGGAGUUCGCAAAUGGAAGUUGAUCUCCCUUCAGAUAUCUAUAAAAUCGACUCUGCUCCCCAUGACUGGCUAUUUGCCCAGGUUGAUGCCGUUGCUCAUCACGGUGGAGCUGGUACCACCGGAGCUAGUCUUCGAGCCGGCGUACCUACGAUUGUGAAACCUUUCUUCGGAGAUCAGUUCUUCUUCGGCAUCCGUGUGCAGGAUUUAGGCGUCGGUAUUUGCAUGAAGAAGCUAAAUUCUGCUACCUUUACCAGAGCUCUGUGGGAAGCAACCAAUAGCCAGCGCAUGAUAAUAAAAGCAAAGCAAAUAGGCCAACGGAUACGUCAGGAAGAUGGCGUUGGCAAAGCUAUCCAGUCGAUAUAUCGCGAUCUUGAAUACGCCAAAACUCUCACUUAUCUGCGCCGUUCUGCUGCGGGCAGCCCGUCCAAUGAAGGAAUUGAAGAGGAGAACAAUGGAGAUUUCCUAGAUGGAAUCGAAGAAUCCUGGACUUUCGUCGGCGACGAUAUCUUUGCUAAAGCCCAGGAUCCCAGUAGUGACCUUUCCACUAUGAUGGACGGUGCUGCGGCGGGAACUUUACCUCCUCCAGACGAUGACGAAGAUGAUGUUGCUUGUUAA